GGGCCGGGCCAGGCUCUGCUGAGGCACUGGGCCUUCCCAGGAAACCCUCCAGGUCCCGUUCUGGCGGGGUAGCUUCCCAGGGGAGUCGAGCCCUUCCCGGGGAACCCACCAAGCCCUUUCCAGCAGCACUGGCAGGCUGGCCUCGGCUCAGCUGAAAUUCUGCUGCUGCUGAGUUUCAGCAGAAACUGCCGGGCAGGGGGAGGGGGAGCCAUUGGCCCGUGGCGGGCUGCCUCUGAGUGCUGGCCUGGCUGCUGAGAUCCCAGUGCAGCCACCAAAAAAUCAUCCAGCAUAAACAGCUCCAGCCUCUGCCCCUGGCAGAGAUGUCAGGACCAUCUCCAGGCCCCAGAUUCCGACCUGAGCAUGCGCACGCUCAGCACACCCAGUCCAGCGUUAAUAUUUCCACCAAAUUCCCCUGGGUUCCAAAAUGGCAGAGGUUCGUCGACGUCUUCAUCCUCAGUCACUGGGGAAACCGUUGCCAUGGUCCAUUCGCCGCCUCCGACCCGUCUCACCCAUCCUCUCAUCCGGCUGGCAUCCAAGCACCAGAAGGAGCAGGCCAACAUAGACCGGCUGCCCGACCACUCCAUGAUCCAGAUCUUCUCCUUCCUGCCCACUAACCAGCUGUGCCGCUGUGCCCGCGUGUGCCGCCGCUGGUACAACCUGGCCUGGGACCCGCGGCUUUGGAGGACUAUUCGCCUGACUGGCGAGACAAUCAACGUAGACAGGGCUCUCAAAGUGCUGACGCGGAGGCUUUGUCAGGAUACUCCCAACGUAUGUCUCAUGUUGGAGACGGUAAUUGUUAGUGGCUGCAGGCGGCUCACAGACAGAGGACUCUACACCAUUGCCCAGUGCUGUCCAGAACUGCGCAGGCUGGAGGUGUCUGGCUGUUACAACAUCUCCAAUGAGGCGGUCUUUGACGUUGUGUCGCUGUGCCCAAACCUGGAACAUCUGGAUGUGUCAGGCUGCUCCAAAGUAACGUGCAUCAGUUUGACUCGCGAAGCCUCCAUCAAGCUGUCUCCCUUGCACGGGAAGCAAAUCUCCAUCCGCUACCUGGACAUGACAGACUGCUUCGUCCUGGAGGACGAAGGACUGCACACCAUUGCCGCCCACUGCACUCAGCUGACCCACCUGUACCUGCGCCGCUGCGUCCGCAUCACCGACGAGGGGCUGCGCUACCUGAUGAUUUACUGCACAUCCAUCAAGGAACUGAGCGUCAGCGACUGCCGCUUCGUCAGCGACUUCGGCAUGCGGGAGAUCGCCAAGCUGGAGUCGCGUCUCCGAUACCUGAGCAUCGCUCACUGCGGCCGCAUCACGGACGUGGGCAUCCGAUACAUAGCCAAAUACUGCAGCAAGCUGCGCUACCUCAACGCGCGGGGCUGCGAGGGCAUCACGGACCACGGCGUGGAGUACCUCGCCAAAAAUUGCACAAAACUCAAAUCGCUGGACAUCGGCAAGUGCCCGCUGGUCUCAGACACCGGCCUGGAGUUUCUAGCCCUCAACUGCUUCAACCUAAAGCGCCUGAGCCUGAAAUCCUGCGAGAGCAUCACUGGGCAGGGCCUGCAGAUAGUGGCUGCCAACUGCUUUGACCUGCAGAUGUUGAACGUGCAGGACUGCGAAGUCUCUGUGGAUGCUCUGCGAUUUGUUAAACGACAUUGCAAGCGCUGUAUUAUAGAGCACACCAACCCUGCUUUCUUCUGAAGGGACACCCCACACCUGUCAUUGCAAUGCAGUAUUAAAAACACUGAUGUAUAAACACACGCUCCCA